AGCUGCUCAAAGAUAUUCAUGAGGUUAUGUUGAAUGCAAAUACGUUUAGACAAGCUCUAAAACAUUUUUUCUGUUUCUUCUUUUGCCUUAUUUGAAACUGAAACAGGGGAUUCCCAGUCUGGUUACACUUCAUUCCUGGAAUACAGUUUCGAACAACAAAUGACCUAUUCAAGUGCAGAAAGAAAUGCAGCGUUUUGUGGCAAAAAUUGUUUACUUAAUGAAGGGGGAGAAUCUGUUUGCAUCACAAGGAGGACCAAUUAUUCUUGCACAGGUUGAAAAUGAAUAUGGCAAUGUUGAAUGGGCCUACGGAAUUGGAGGACAAUUGUACAUCAAAUGGGCUGCAGAAAUGGCCGUCAGUCUUAACAUCACUGUUCCUUGGGUGAUGUGUGCACAAGAGGAUGCUCCUAAUCCAAUAAUAAACACAUGUAAUGGCUUUUAUUGCGAUGGAUUCAUGCCAAACUCACUUUCCAAGCCAACAAUAUGGACAGAAAACUACAGUGGAUGGUUCCUUUCGUUUGGAUAUGCAGUCCCUUACCGACCUGUUGAGGACCUUGCUUUUGCAGUUGCACGCUUUUUUGAAAGGGGUGGUACAUUCCAAAACUACUAUAUGGUGCACUGCUACUUUGGUGGUACUAAUUUUGGACGAACAGCUGGUGGCCCUUUAAUUGCAACAAGCUACGACUAUGAUGCCCCAGUAGACGAAUAUGGUUUUGUUAGGCAGCCAAAGUGGGGGCACCUCCGUGAUUUACACAUAGCAAUAAAGAACUGUGAAGAAUAUUUGGUCAGUGCAGAUCCAACGAGGCAGUCCCUUGGUAGGAAUCUAGAGGCUCAUGUCUACUACAAAGCUCCCCAUGACUGUGCGUCCUUUCUGGCCAACUAUGACAGCAGUUUGGAUGCGAAUGUCACAUUCAAUGGGAACUCAUACUUCCUUCCUGCUUGGUCUGUGAGCAUUCUACCAGACUGUAAGAAUGUGAUUUUUAACACAGCUAAGGUUGUUUCACAAAAGUAUAUUGAAGAUGUUGCAGUUUCUUAUGCAACCAGUGUUAGUGAACUUUCAUCGGCAUCUACAUCAUGGAGUUGGUAUAAAGAAAAAGUGGGUAUUUGGGGUAACAAUUCAUUUACUGCAUCAAGGUUGUUGGAGCAGAUAAAUACGACAAAAGAUACUAGUGAUUUUCUAUGGUACACAACAAGUAUAAAUGUGAAUAAGAGCACUUCGCAGGGUCAGGAAAAAGAAGCAUUUCUAGUUGUUGAAAGUUUGGGACAUGCAGCUCUGGUUUUUGUCAACAAAAGACUUGUUGGAUUUGGUUAUGGUAAUCAUGAUGAUCCAAGCUUUGUUCUUAGUAAGAAGAUCAGUCUGAAUCACGGAACCAAUACAUUGGAUGCGUUGAGUAUGAUGAUUGGUUUGCAGAACUAUGGGCCGUGGUUUGAUAUAGCAGGGGCAGGACUGUUUUCUGUCGUUCUUGGUGAUCUGAGUAAUGGCAAGGAAGACAUUUCUUCUACAGAAUGGACAUAUCAGGUGGGAGUUGAAGGAGAGUACCUUGGACUUGAUAAUAUGAGUCUUUCAAAUAGUUCAUUAUGGACUCAGGGGGAUUCCAUUCCAAUUAAUCAAAGUUUGAUAUGGUACAAGACCACAUUCCAAGCUCCUAAAGGAAGCGGUCCUCUGUCGGUGAAUCUUGCUAGCAUGGGAAAGGGUCAAGCAUGGGUUAACGGGCAGAGUAUAGGGCGAUAUUGGCCAGCAUAUAUCUCCCCAUCAACUGGUUGCUCGAAGAACUGUGACUAUAGGGGAACCUAUGAUGCAGCUAAAUGUUUGAAAUACUGUGGUAAUCCUGCUCAAACGUUGUAUCAUAUCCCACGUUCUUGGGUACAUCCUGGUGGGAACUUACUGGUUCUCCAUGAAGAGCUUGGUGGUGACCCUUCACAAAUUUCUUUUUCAACACGAACUGGGCAAGUGGUUUGUUCUCAUGUCUCAGAGACUGACCCGCCACCCGCUGAUUCUUGGAAACCAAAGUCGAGUUUUGUGUUCCAAACUCCUCAAGUUCGCUUGAGUUGCGAACAAGGAUGGUUCAUUACUAAGAUUGUGUUUGCAAGCUUUGGAAAUCCUACAGGACAUUGUGGUGCAUUUAGUCUAGGAAGCUGUCAUAACGAUGUCUUGCCAAUUGUUCAGCAGGCAUGCACUGGCCAGCAACAAUGCUCAAUUCCUGUAUCAACCUCUAAGCUAGGUGACCCUUGUCCUGGAAUGUUGAAAAGCUUGGCAGUUGAAGCCCUUUGUAGUGUCUAAAUUUCUUGCUGAUACGAUAUCACAAGUCAAUCA